CUCUGUCCAGUGGGGAUGGCUGCGCUGGGUAAGGGCUCUGGAUUCGCAUGGAAACCUCUGAGCCAGUCCCCAGAGCAGCACAGGAAGGUGCUUACGCUGGAGAAGGAGUCAGAGGAGACGUUUGGGUUUGAGAUCCAGACCUAUGGACUCCACCACCAGGACAAGAACAGCGUGGAAAUGUUCACCUUCGUGUGCCGGGUCCACGAGGGGAGCCCAGCCCAGUUAGCGGGGCUCAAACUGGGAGACACCAUCACAGCAGUGAACGGGCUGAACGUGGAGGGCAUCCGGCACCGGGAGAUCGUGGAGAUCAUCAAGGCCUCUGGGAACGUGCUCAGACUGGAGACGCUGUACGGGACGUCCAUCCGGAGAGCGGAGCUGGAGGCCCGGCUGCAGUACCUAAAGCAAACCCUGUAUGAGAAGUGGGGGGAGUAUCGCUCGCUGAUGGUGCAGGAGCAGAGGCUGGUGCGUGGGAUCGUGGUGAAAGACCCCAGUAUCUACGACACGCUGGAAUCCGUCCGCUCCUGCCUGUACAGCGCCGGGCUCGCAGGCAGCUCCCUCUCCUUCGGGAAGAUGCUGCUCAAAGACGAGCUGGAGGGGAAACUGAGGCACGUGGAAGGGCAGAGACUUGACCAGAGUCUUGCAACCCAUCAGCAGUUGCAAGUUCCUGCCUUGGGGACUGAUUCAAGGCAGCCUCAGUUCCCCUGGAAGCUGCCUGAACGUGAGCGCAGGGCUCUAACAUUCCAGGCUGGGGCCCCCUCUAGUCCAUGA